AGUACUGCGUGAAGCUGUUAGUUUGGCUAAUCACCUGACAUGGUGGAGGAAGUUUCAACUUAGAGACCGGUUUCUGCAUUAUGCAAUCUAACAAAACCUGUGGAAAGAACUGUUCGUCAUUUUAAUAACCUGAACCGUCUUCAAGUUAUGGCUUUAAUCUUUGUAGUUGUGAUGCUUUUAGCUGCUUUGCACGAUAGCGAUGGGACCUUGCGCUUUGCUUCUUAUUAUGGAGACCACAUGGUGCUGCAGAAGGCCCCACAGAAAGCUGUCCUGUGGGGGUACGGCCGUGAGAGGCAGCAGGUCGCGGUCUACCUGACGAGUUCUACAGUUCUACAGAAAGUCUUAUCAGCCCCUGUGACAAACGGCAUUUGGCAAGUCACCCUUGAACCCGUUGAUGCUGGUGGUCCCUACAGCAUACAUGCUGUAGUUGAUGGUAGCAUAUGUAGCCUGAAAGAUGUGCUGUUUGGAGACAUUUGGCUAUGCGGAGGCCAGAGCAACAUGUUAUUUACAAUGUCCCAGAUUUCCAAUUCAUCUGAGGAGCUUGCGCUCUCAUCUAAAUAUCCUCAUGUGAGGCCUUUUAUGACGGCUUUGAACAUGAGUAAAACUGAGCUGAUUGAUCUCAUCCAAGUGGAAAUACCCUGGUCUGUUCCCAACAGCAGUGUGCUGGCAGAUUUCUCUGGGUUGUGCUGGCUCUUUGGGCGUUACAUGUAUGAGAAGUUGAAUUACCCCAUAGGACUGGUAGAAUCAAGUUGGGGAGGGACACCAGUAGAAGCCUGGUCGUCCACAAGAGCGCUGAAGCAGUGUGGACUGGUGCCAAGUGAAGAUGACAUAAUCCAGCAAACCGGAAAUUCUAUGCUGAAGAGCACCGUUUUGUGGAAUGCAAUGAUCCAUCCAUUCCUCAAUAUGACCAUCUACGGAGCCAUCUGGUACCAAGGUGAGGCGAAUACAGAGUACCAUAAGGACAAAUACAACUGCUCAUUCCCUACAAUGAUAAAUGACUGGAGGAUGGCAUUUCACCAGGGCUCGGGGGGGCAGACUGCUCCUGACUUCCCAUUUGGAUUUGUACAACUAUCCACAGACAUAGAAAGCGCCACAGAUGACGGCUUUCCAGACAUUCGCUGGCACCAAACUGCAGACGUGGGAUUUGUCCCAAACAUUAGGAUGAAGAACACCUUCAUGGCGGUUGCUUUCGACUUACCAGAUAAAACUUCACCAUUUGGCACAAUCCACCCUAGAGACAAACAAGAUGUUGCCCACAGACUUACGCUGGGUGCCAGAGCUGUGGCAUAUGGGGAAAAAGGCAUCUCUUUCCAGGGACCUUUCCCCAAAGUAAUUGUGCCUAGUGAAAGUACAAUCAACGUCACCUAUGACCAGGGGAUCUUCGUUGCACCAUCUAAAGACAUAUUUGAGAUCUGUUGCUCAGAGAAGAAUGUGUCCUGUGAACCCGACUCCCUUUGGUCACCAGCUCCCAUUAUGGUUUGGAAUCAGACCACCGUCCAGCUGUCUGCUGCUGCGUGCCCACCAUCUAAAGUUGCUGCUCUUAGAUAUGGAUGGAGAGACUGGCCCUGUGAUUUUAAAGCAUGUCCUGUUUAUGAUUCCAGUAAGAAUUUACCUGCGCCUCCUUUCAUCACCAAUCGAUAUGCAGGCAAUCAAAUUUGGUAAAGCACCUAAACUAGAAGGUGAGGGAGAAAAAUAAAGGGAUUUAAAUUGA